UUUUUGACGACAGGUGAAAGUCGAUUCGUGGACUUUUUUAUCCGCCGAGAUCUUUAGACUAAGCGAACCAAUUCAUGCGCUUAUGGAUAUACGGUUAUUCUACUGUCUCGGCUUUGGACUGGUAUACUCACUAUGUCGAGCCUCGCGGGCAGAUGGUGUUUUGAACCUUGGGACGAGCAUCGAAAGAGCUUGUAUGGCUAUAGCUUGAGCGAGUGCUGGUAAUAUCGAUGCGAAACAGGAUAUUGACAAGGGUUGUGGUUUCAUUCGGGCGUGAGUCUGCGUCGACUGUCUAGUCUGUGCCUCUAAUUUGCACAGACAGGCAACGCAUCAAACCCUCCUCAACAAUCUGUGCAAUUGACAUGGGGAGUUUCUAUCUUACACCAAUAAGGCCGAUGCGCCGAUAUUGGGGGUGAGAGUCGUCUUGAUGCGACCCCAGACUUGGCUGUCACUGGUCGUUGGACGAUCAGUUUCGGGUGGUGGUGGUCUGGAGUGUCUGGGGGAGCUUGAUAGCUCGAACACUGGACCUUAGCCGGACGAUCAUUUAAUAUCCUGCGAGCUCCCCUCGAGAUUCAGAUUUUCUCUUCAGAGAUCACACCACAAUCAAUUAUUGGUGCAUUUCGACCUUCGAGCUUGCCUCUUAUAUAUUGACAGCUCCACAUCUUUGUUUCGACUCAAAAUCCGGGGAAACAAGCUUAUAUUUAAAGCAUACCCUCUAUUGUUCUUAGCUUGGAGCCCACUCCCAUCUCAACGAUCCUCGGCUAUCGCCACUCAACCACCCCCCAUAGUUGUCUUCCAAUACCGCAGCCAUGGGUCUAGCGGGCAUCCUCAAGAAGGUCAUUCGCAAUGAUGCGAUGAAAACUGACCCCGAGGAGAUUUACAACUGGCGUGUCUUCGCCAUCGUCGCUGGCUCAUGCUUCGGCGGUAUGUUGUUCGGUUGGGACACUGGAGCUAUCGGCGGUGUCCUCGCUAUGAAGGCCACACAGGAGCGAUUCAACUAUACUCCUGAGGCCAAGGUUACACUUGACCAGAACAUUGUCUCUACUCUCCAGGCUGGUUGCUUCGCUGCUUGUUUUUUCACUUCGUACUUUACUGAGAAGUAUGGUCGACGAUGGUGUCUCGUUGGAACCGGUAUUGUCACCACUAUCGGUGUUAUUCUUCAGGCUGCCUCCACUGCUAAUGGUUCUCUUCCCCUCAUGUACGUUGGUCGCUUUGUUGGUGGUCUGGGUGUCGGAGCUGCUUCGUCCUUGGUACCCCUUUACGUGUCUGAAUGUGCACCUCGAGCUAUCCGUGGUGGUUUGACCUCUUUCUAUCAGCUAUUCAUCGUUACUGGUGUCAUGCUUUCGUUCUGGGUCAACUAUGGCGCUCUCCUCCAUCUCAAGGCUCCCACGGUCUACGCCCUGCCCCUAGCUCUCCAGGCUCUCCCCGCCGUCCUCCUGAUCACUUGCAUGCUGCUGGCCCCUGAAAGCCCUCGAUGGUGUGCACGCAAGGAUGACUGGGAACGUGCCAAGUCUAUUCUCAUCGACCUUCGCAUGCUUCCCGAGGACCACGAGUAUGUCCAGGCUGAGAUUCAGGAGAUGUCUGCUCAGCUCGAAGCUGAGAAGCGAUUGACCGGCGACGCCUCUGCCUCAACUCUCUGGAAGGAACUCGUCACCAUCCCCGGAAACCGAAAGCGAGCUAUCAUCUCUGUUCUCCUCAUGAUCUGCCAACAAAUGACAGGUGUUAAUGCUGUCAACUACUACGCUCCUCAGAUCUUCCAAUCUCUCGGUAUGACUGGUACAACAGUCUCACUCUUUGCCACUGGUGUCUACGGUAUCGUCAAGGUCUUGGGUUGUGCUACUUUCCUCAUCUUCUGUGCCGACUCUCUCGGUCGACGACGCAGUCUUCUGUGGACCAGUGCUGCUCAGGCUCUUACCAUGUACAUCAUCGGUAUCUACGGUCGCGUCGAGCCUCCUGUUGCUGGUCAAGGCAUCUCUGCUUUUGGAUACGUUGCUAUUGUGUGCAUUUACCUCUGGGCUGCUCUCUUCCAGUUCGGUUGGGGACCUUGCUGCUGGAUUCUCGUCUCUGAGAUUCCCACUGCCCGUCUUCGAGCUCUGAAUGUCGCCAUCGGUGCCGCUACUCAGUGGCUGUUCAACUUCAUCAUUGCCCGAACUGUGCUGACCAUGCAAAAGACCAUGGGACCUGCCGGCUACGGUAUGUUCUUCAUGUUCGGCAGUUUCGAUCUUCUCAUGGGUAUCUUUGUCUGGUUCUUCGUUCCCGAGACCAAGGGUCUCAGUUUGGAGCAGAUGGACGAGCUCUUUGGUGUUGGCGACCUUCACAGCAAGCUCGAUGCCGAGGGUCCUGAAGGCGCCCGCACGCCCAGCAUCCGGGAGGAAGUUGCCGACAUCAAGAACACCAAGCACUAAAUGCCAAGGUUUAAUGAAUCGGUGGACAAAGGAGAUGUGAUCAGGGGGUGAAAUCUAAUUCAAGAUCAAGUUUGAUGAGUUUGGCUGUUCGUUAGGAGUAAAGCGUGAGGAUGAUAUACCUAGCAGUCUGCGGGCACAUGUACCGAGUUGCAGCGACACCUGAAUGAGUUAUCACGAUCAGAAGGAUAUUGCAAGCUUUCUGUGCCUGGUUCAAAAGAAACUUCCGGUUAAAUGCAACAAUCUUACCAAGCUAACUGCGGCACGCACAUAUUGACUUUCUAAAUUAUCCGGAGAGUGUCCUCAAUUGCUAACGGUUUUGCCAACGUGUUGUAAUAAUCCGAUUGGCUUUGUCCUUACGAGUUAUGCAGAAGAUGUUAUCACAAAUAAAGGAGAAAACACGUUGAAUCUCAAAGGGAACCGAGCUAAGCUAGUGACGGACCG